GAAAGAGGUGGCAGGUGGGCCGGCGUACCUUUAACGACCUCGGAGCGCCUCCCCGGUACGCCUCCGUUCUCUCGCUAGGGCCGGUCUCCUCUUCCCCUUGCCCGCGCGCCGCCACCAACACCGGCUCGGCAGAGUUCCUUACCGUUGCCACCUGCCUUCGGUAGUCGAGACACGCCAACUUUCACUCGAGCCAGACUGCACGCCGUCGGAGACCGGCAUGAGACGACACCGUCGGGCAGCAGCGGGAUUACGAGCAGCCUCCUCAUCGGUGAUUCGGCCGCUCUUCUCGUGAUGCAUCCGCCACUGCUCCGCUUCCGCUGCUACUGUUACUCUGGCUACAGCGUCUCACUGCUGUUUUCGUGAAGUGGUGGACCCCCGGUCUCGCGCUGUUUCAUUUUUCUGUGUGCCCGACGCGACAUCCCUCCUGUUCAUCGGUUUCAUCGGGAAGAGUGGGAGUGUGUGGCUUUCACCCGGAGAACGAUGGAGACCUACGUGCUCAUCCCGAAGGAGCUCAGUCUGGUGAUCGGUGACCGCGCUACUUCGACGACAACGACGAACGACUCGACAGCGUCCGGCGAUCGACCGCCUACCAAGGAAAUGACUGCGGCCGUGUGGAGCAACAGUCGCAUCUCCCGCGGCACGAGGUUCCUGCCCUUUCAAGGAACCGUCCGCUUGGACAAGCUCGAGGUGUUCGGCACGCUCGACCAGAAGGACAUCCGGCAUCGCUUCGGCUGCUACGACGAGAUCCAGCUGGAAAAGUCCCGACAGGUUCGACACUGCAACUGGGUGCGCUUCGUGCGACACUCGCCUCAGUUCAGCGCCGAGGUGAACCUUCUCGGUUCGCUGGUGAAGGGCGAACCCGUGUACGAAACGAUUCGCACGGUGGCCUCCAACACGGAGCUGGUUGUCUUCUACGAAGACCCAGACGAAGACGUCGAUCGGACGCCCCUGACGUUGGUCGUCGCCAGGGACCUCUCGUUGGCACAGUACCGAAGCGCCAUGGGCAUGAUCCUCGAAGAUACACCUCUUGACCUGUCACAGUCUUUAAUAGCACCGCCAGUGUCACCCUCAUCACCAGUCACUCCUCAACUACCUCGAGUCCUCAUGACGCCGCCAUCGGAACCUGAAGAGAGGCGGUCGGUGUCCAGCGAAGGAACCACAACGGAAGAGACGGUGCCGAUGGAGACGCCGAGACAUUUGAUGGUGAAGAAAGGUCGCGAGCGAACUUUGCUUCCCUGCGAAGUCUGUGGAAAGGCCUUCGAUCGACCAUCGCUCUUACGAAGGCACAUGAGGACGCACACAGGAGAAAAGCCGCAUGUGUGCGAUGUCUGCGGCAAAGGCUUCAGCACGUCCAGCUCCCUCAACACGCAUCGACGCAUUCAUUCGGGAGAGAAGCCGCACCAGUGUCACGUGUGCGGAAAGAGGUUUACGGCGUCCUCCAAUCUCUACUAUCACCGCAUGACGCAUUCCAAGGAGAAGCCACACAAGUGCACGUUGUGUUCCAAGUCUUUCCCGACUCCCGGAGACCUGAAGAGCCACAUGUACGUUCACAGCGGUUCGUGGCCAUUUAAGUGCCACAUCUGCAACCGGGGCUUCAGCAAGCAGACAAACCUCAAGAACCACCUGUUCCUACACACCGGUGAUAAGCCGCACAUAUGCGAGUACUGCCAAAAGAGGUUCGCCUUGGCCUGCAAUCUGCGAGCUCACCUGAAAACCCACGAAGGUGAACACCAGGAGAAGUGCUCGGGCUGUGGCAAGUCUUACUCCGUGAGCGCAACCGGCGGCGCGGGUAGGCUUCUGGGCCGCGGCUACUGCCCGACGUGCCUGGGCACCCUGGCCGGCAACGGCCUCUCGUCAUCAGCCAAGACGGGCCACUACGAAGCGGAGCCUCCAAAGUCACCCACGCUCGACUCCAACGAAGACAGCAAGGGCAGCUCGCGCUCGAACACCGACCUGGGUGGCGCAUCGUCGCCCACCACGCCCCCUCCGCCACCACGGCUUCUGUUCGGUGUGCUGGACCAGAUGAUGAUGCGCUACCGGCAGUCGGCUCAGGCCUUCCUGCCGCCUUCCUUAUCGACCAUGAAGUUCUUGGAAGGCGCAUCCAUGCUCACACCUUGACGACACGCCCAAGGACUCGGCUGGUCACACACUCGACAUGUGACGAACUCGUGUUGUGAACGCGCGUAGCUUGGAGUCAGCACCGCUGGAAUGGUCCCCGAUGAGAAAUAGAGAAUGAAGAGAAGAUGGCGUGAUCUCAGACUUCUUGUGUGUGCUCUGUAGUGAUGGGCGUGGUGGACUUGCACAGUACGAUGAAGUGGGACCAGUUUUGGUGUCGCGUUCUGUACCGUCCUUCCCCGUUAGAGUGACAGCUGUAUGUGCGUUGCCUCUGGUACGAAUUUGAUCGGUGGAAUGGAGUCUGUUCGGGAGGCCAUGAGCUCACGGGCACAAUGUUCGGGCUGCCCCUUCUUGAGAGCAUUGAAAGUACUUUUUUUUUACUCUGGCGUUCCCGUUAACCAUGAUCAUUAUUAGUUAACGGCUUAAAUAAACGUAUGAUGGAGAAGCAAAGCAUAGUUUAUGUACAUAGCGGUGUUUAAUACUUUAGCAGCAGCAAAAGUGUCAAAAAAGCUGUUAGGUCGUGUUUAUCCUAACAGCCGGUUCCUGGAGGCCAGCAAGAACUGCAUAAUAUUUUUUUUUUACGUAUGCAUGCUCGAUAUUCCCGGUGAUAACAUAACAAACGGAGAACGAAGUAUCGCCUGAAACUGCGCCAUGUGCUGUAAAGAGCCACUUCACUUUGAGGCCAGAUCAAAAAGAAUACAUCGCAGACAUCGACAGUACAGGCUUCUGGCAAGACGCUGUCUUAAUGCCAUCGUUUCGCUCUGCAAUAAUGUGAAACGAUCAAAAUGCGUUUUGAUUUGCAACAUUUCCUUGUGUUAAAAUGAAUGCGAAAAAGGUAUUCGCGAUGAACAUGUGAGAGGGACCAUACGUGUCAUGUUCAUGAGUAAAAUAACAAGCUGUGCGAAGGAUUGAGCGUGAAAUGAAGUGAAGUUUAGGAUUUGUUACUGUGCCUUACAUUUAUCCAGCGCCGACAUUAAAAACUAUUUUUUACGAUGUCUUACACAUCAGUGCCUUGAUGUAUGCCUUACACGUACAGAUGCUACUUAAUUUUUAUAAACACAUACAUUAUGCUAUUUUGUACAGUGAAUGUGCUACUGGGUGCGUGAUGUGGUUGGAGAGCAGUAAUGUAUAUAUUUUUUCAACCUAACGAAGAGGGUGAAUCCAUACAUCUGUACAGCCACGCAACGCAAACAAUUUUUGUUUUGAAUAACAGGAACGGGGCUGUAAAAAGGAUGAGAAAGGAAUGUUUUUUUGAGUACAAGUAAUCCGGACGGUGCAGCUACUAAAUACUAAUUUUCAUGUGUUGUAAAAUUCAUCAUCUUUAUUUCGAUGGAGACCAACCCGUGAAAAUUAAGCAUCGAGAAAAUUGCAUGAGUCUGUUCAAUACGGCGUUGUUCCUAUGAGUGCAUUUGUAUUUCUUUGCGUGCAGUGUAAUGUUGUUACAAGGAUGGACAUUUCAAGCGAAAGAGAAGCUACCGUGCCAUUACCCAUGCGACGCUAAAUCUAGGCGUUAUGUCCACAAUGUGCCUUCUUCUUGCGAAGCUAUCACUGAAUUAUUGUGUCUACAUUGAAUUAAGAACGUUUUCAAUUUAGAACUGUUUGCUUUUUUUAGAGUUAGGUGGAUCAACCGGCAACAAUUAUUGCUCCAUGUAGAACUCCUGUGAUACACAAGGACACAACGCUGCCUCGCCCCUCUCCUUGUAAAUGUUCGCCGCUAUCGGGCGCACUGCGCGAGUUCUAGUAGCCGGCGCAUAAAGCAGUAGUUUCGCAGCAGCACACUUGCACGACUUCGUCUUUUCGAAAAUCCUUACCGGGCCGGGAAUUAACAAAAGGAGGCACCACUGAAAUACGCCUUACAUAUGCAGCGUUCCUUGGAUGAGAAAUUUUCCCAAGCAAUAACGAAAAAAAAAUCACGUGUUACACGUUUAUGUUCAAUUAAAUCAACGUUUUGAAAUCGGUGACCUUUUCUACUUAAGGCUUCCAUGCAACAAACUGCGUUAGCACUUCUUUUUUUUUUUUGCCGUCCACAAGUAUGCAGUCGGGGUAUUCCAGUUAGCAUUUGCGAUCUCUCGUCAACUCAAAUGUGCACCGAAUGAUGUUAAAAUGUACCAUUGCGCAUACGUCAAUGUGACAAUAUAUCCCGCGCAAAUCCAAGCGUACUGCAAUAGAACUGAUGCCCAGGGCGAGGAAAACAGCUUGGAACGAGGGAGCCGAUUUUUCUCCGUGACAUGUGAAUUGAGCGUCUUCACGCUUAGCUGAUGGAUGAAAGAAUUAUAGGAGCCGUGGCGUGUGCGAACACGUGUGUUGACAAACCGUCCGGUCAGUGCUGCAGUUUUGCCUGCUGCGCACCCUGUUCAUUGCGAAGUGUCCGCUUCAAGUCUUACGCAAUGCCUUUCAGUGCUCGACAGUGUGCAUACGCUCAAAGCUGAGAUCGAAGUUGUUUAUGAGUAUCUAGUCUAUUCACCUAUGUGCCUUGUCCUCCUGUUGCAUUGUAUUUAGUACUUUUGGGAUGGAAAUAAACGUCGACAGAGUCAAAA